AUGGCCGCUCGUCAUUCGCGCAAGUUUCUGCGACCUUUGCUCUACACUUCGGCGGCCGCGGCCGCCGGUGCUGGAGUCCUCUACAUCUCCUACCGUCCGCGCAAUAUUCCCGGUCUCGAAGCUCCCGCAGUUCCCCCGCCCGGCUACCGUGAAGGCAAGCUGGUGCCUCCUGUUUUCCCCACCAUCAAAUCUCGCCUGGAGCAGAUCCAGGACUUGAAGCGCAGCCAGAAUGAGGAGGAAUACGACCUGCUGGUCAUCGGAGGUGGUGCGACGGGUUCAGGUAUCGCUUUGGACGCGGCCACUCGAGGAUUGAAGGUUGCGGUGGUUGAGCGCGAUGAUUUCAGUGCCGGUACCAGUAGCAAGAGUACCAAGUUGGUGCACGGUGGUGUUCGCUACUUGGAGAAGGCCGUUUGGGAAUUGGACUACAACCAAUAUAAGCUGGUGAAGGAAGCUCUCCGUGAGCGCAAAUAUUUCUUGAACACGGCUCCUCACCUCUCACAGUGGCUUCCUAUCAUGGUGCCGGUGCAGAAAUUGUGGCAGGCUCCUUAUUUCUGGGCUGGUUGCAAGGCCUAUGACUUCCUGGCUGGUUCGGAAGGCAUUGAAAGCUCGUAUUUCCUGACCAAGAGCAAGGCAAUUGAUGCCUUCCCCAUGUUGAAGCGCGAGAACGUGGUCGGUGCCAUGGUGUACUACGAUGGCGCACACAACGAUUCCCGUAUGAACGUUUCCCUCGCCAUGACAGCUGCUCUCUACGGUGGUACCGUCGUGAAUCACAUGGAGGUUACUGGUCUGACCAAGGACGCCUCCGGCAAGCUGUGCGGUGCGCGCAUGAAAGAUGUGAUUCCCUCCAAGGACGGUGAGGAGACCGAAGAGUUCAGCAUCCGCGCCAAGGGUAUCAUCAACGCCACGGGUCCCUUCACCGACUCCAUCCGCAAGAUGGACGAGCCGGGUAUCAAGGAGAUCGUGGCCCCCAGCUCCGGUGUUCACGUCAUUCUUCCCGGAUACUACAGCCCUUCGAACAUGGGGCUGAUCGACCCAUCGACCUCCGACGGCCGUGUCAUUUUCUUCCUUCCCUGGCAGGGCAACACCAUUGCCGGUACUACCGAUGCACCCACUGAAAUCACCCCCCACCCGGAGCCCUCCGAGCAGGACAUCAACUGGAUUCUGUCGGAGAUUCGCGGCUACCUUGCCCCAGAUAUCACUGUCGACCGGAGCGACGUUCUGGCCGCCUGGUCGGGUAUCCGUCCCUUGGUCCGCGACCCCAACAAGACCAGCUCUCAGGCCCUGGUUCGCAACCACCUGAUCACCGUUUCCCCCUCGGGACUGUUGACCUGUGCCGGUGGUAAAUGGACCACUUAUCGUCAAAUGGCCGAGGAGGCUGUAGAUGAGGCUAUCAGCCAGUUCAACCUGAAGCCUCGGGAGGUCAAGGACGCUCCGGAUAUCAGUGGUGUCGGUGGCAGUGGCCUGGUCGCUGACGGCGCCACUCUGGACGGUUCCUGCCAGACCCACCAGGUCCGCCUGAUCGGCGCCCACGGUUUCUCCAAGACUCUCUUCAUCAACCUGAUUCAGCACUUCGGUCUCGAGACCGACGUAGCUCAGCACCUCACCAUCUCGUACGGUGACCGCGCGUGGCAGGUCGCCGCCUUGUCGUCCCCGACCAAUGCUCGCUUCCCGGUUCGGGGCUGCCGUAUUUCCCCCAUGUACCCCUUCGUUGACGGCGAGGUCCGCUACGCUGUCCGCCACGAAUAUGCUCAGACCGCGGUUGACGUGAUUGCCCGUCGCACUCGCCUGGCUUUCCUGAACUCCGAGGCUGCCCUGGAAGCGCUUCCGAGCGUCAUCGACCUGAUGGGCGAGGAACUGAACUGGUCCGACCACCGCAAGGACACUGAAUGGAAGGAGUCGGUGUCAUAUCUCUCUUCGAUGGGUCUCUCCAAAAACCUGCUUAGCCUGUCUCGACAGGAGGUCCUCAACGGCCGCGUGAGAGAUUUCCAUGUCGACUCGCGCAAGACUUUCUCCCGCACUGACCCGCCGGCGGACAUUCUCGAGGGCGAGUCUAUUGCCCAACCCACUGGUGAUGCCGUAUCGGCCUCGGCCAAUUAG